CUCUUUCUAGCCCUUGAUGAAGAGUAGCUCUUUCUGUAUUGUGAGUGAGCAAUGGAUGUGAAGAAGGAUGUGGUAAAGAUGGAGGACAAUAGUACCAAUAUUGGAUGUGGGUUUUCCUCAUCACCAUUUUCAGGCAUAUUUGAUUUCUGUGAAGGAGAAAAGAGCUCAUCUUUAGGGUUUAUGGAGCUUUUGGGUGCUGGCCAGGACUUUUGUACUAACUCCUUGUUUGAUUAUUUGCCUCAGACACCAUCUAUGUUGCCUUCAUUAGCUCCAAACUUUCCAAAUACUUCCAUAAUGGCAAAGGAGUGCUCUGACUACUCUUUGAAUCAGCAGCCUGCAACACCAAACUCUUCAUCGAUUUCAUCUGCAUCCAGUGAGGCUCUGAACGAGGAACAGACUGAUAAUAAAGGUGCUGCAGACCAACUUGAAGAAGAAGAACAUGACCAACCAAAGACCAAGAAAGAGUUGAAAGCGAAGAAGGCAAGUCAGAAGAGACAGAGAGAACCCAGAUUUGCAUUCAUGACAAAGAGUGAGGUUGAUCAUCUGGAAGAUGGCUACAGAUGGAGAAAGUACGGUCAAAAAGCUGUGAAAAACAGCCCCUUCCCCAGGAGUUACUAUCGAUGCACAAGCACAGCAUGUAAUGUGAAGAAGCGAGUGGAGCGAUCUUUCAAUGACCCAAGCAUCGUUGUAACAACUUAUGAAGGCCAACACACACACCCAAGCCCACUCAUGCCUCGCCCAACUCUCACGGCUUCGGCUUCUGCUCAACCCAGUAUCUCCACCACCUUUGCCAUGCCUUCAAUGCCCAGAACCCUAUUAUCUCAUCACUAUCAACAGCAACUGCAACCUUUCAAUUUCUGCAACUAUGUUAAUGGUGGCUCACCAACAGCAAAUGCUAGCGGCACCGGCUUUCAUCGCGAAAGGCGGUUUUGCACCCCAGCAACUGGUUCUGCUAUGUUGACAGACCAUGGGCUUCUUCAAGACAUAGUCCCCUCCCAUAUGCUGAAGCAAGAGUAGAUAUAUUUAUAUAAAUAUAUAUGUUUAUAGAUAACCAUGGCCGUACCUGAUCAUGAGAUGAGAUCCCAUUAGUUAAUGCAAUGCUACUUAAUUAUGUACUAAUUUAGGUCACUGACUUGUUUUGAGAUCAGGUGCUCUUGCUAAUCCUGAUGGUGAUUAUCACUGUAAACAUGGAACAUGGAUAUUUUAAUCCAAUGCAGGUACUUGGUAGUAGUUAGUUUUUUUACCUCAUCAGAUUUUCUUUUUUUUCUUUUGGGUUUUCUUU